AUGCAGCAGUGUGCGGAGCAGCUGAGCCAGGAGAUGACUCGGCUGCUGCAGGAGCUGGAGCAGAGGAGCCAGGAGCAGAGCGCCUUUGCCUGGGGAGCCCUGCUCUUUGCUGCCUUGCAGCAGUGGCAAUUCUGGGCCAUUGCUGGAGUCCUGGUCCUGCUCUUUGGGCUCUGCUGGUGGCUCAGGAAAGGGAGCCGUCAGCCAGCCAGCAGCCGCAAGGAGGGCAGCUCCAGAAAGAAGGCACAUAAUAAGGAGCAGGCAGUAAAACCCAGUGUUGCACUGCAUGUGGGCAGAGUUUUGUCCAGUCGCCUCCUGGACCUGCCAGAAUCGUUCGUGAUGGUGGAGGAGCUGGUGGAUGAACUUCUCCGCAUCUGCCGAAAGCUUUCCAGGAAUACUUUCAUGCCGCAACUGAAGCCAGCCAUUGGGGUGGGCAGUGCCUUAGAAAGUUGGAGUCCUCAUAAGCAUGAUGCUGUCUUCUGCCUGCUUGUGCCCCUGAAGCCCCCCCGUGGGCACACCUUCCACCUGGAACUGGGCACCAUGGAGGAGAUGCCAGCGAGGCAUGCCAGUCUCCGCGUGGAGCUCGAGUGCACCUGCACGAGGGAGCAGCUGGUGGAGGACAUGCUGUGCUUCCUCCACCACCCCGAGGAGGAGCUGAGGAGGAAUCAGGGCGCCAGCCUCCUAGACACCCUCUGCACCGGCCCCUACCUAGACAUGGAGAAAACCACCCUCUGGUUCCAGAUAUUGGUAAAAGCAGCCUGGGUGGCUUUGCCUCUGUCGCAACACUGCCGUCUAACAGUGCUACCUUCCAGGCGCUCAGGCAAGCUCCGGCUGACAAACACUGACGAUAUUACCCUCCUGAUUGAGGUGAUGUUUGGGGUGCAGCAAGAUGGCUCAGACACCUUCCUGAGCAUCGAGUAG